UGCUCAGUGCGCAACUGCUCGUUAAAGGGUUUAGUUGUUCAUUGUUUUUCUUUUUACUUUGACGAAAGCAAUUACUUAAUUUUGUCUUGAAUUUUUAUUAUUAUCUGCUUAUGUUCGGCAGUUAUAGAGAACAAUAAAUAAUCUAGAGCCAUGGAAAACUUUGUGAAUUUAAUAGAAGGUGAUCGUUUGCCUGAUAUGGGAAAAUAUUGGCAACCACUUAUUCCAUAUAAAUUUGAAAAUUUACUGACGCCGGAAACAUUAAAGACUACCGUAUUGCAUAGCGAAGAGGUCGACCGUAUAUGUAAAUUCUAUAGCGAUGGUGACGAUAAAAAAGAGGCUCAAUUACGACGUAUAAUUAAAUUGCAACUUGAAGAGAUAGGGUUUAAGCGGAAAAUGACUGUAAUUCGUUUUUUGGGAAUUAUGUUGAAUAAAAUUUUGCUACAAAUGACACAUGGAGUGUAUGUGAACCGAAAAUCAUUAGAGCUGGUGAAAAGAGAAUUGGCUCAGAGCCGGUGCCCUGUUUUAUAUUUACCAACUCAUCGAAGCUAUUUGGAUUUUAUUUUGAUGUCAUAUAUUUGCUUUGCGCACGAUCUUGAAAUACCGGCAAUCGCAGCAGGCAUGGAUUUUCAUGGAAUGGUGGGAAUGGGAUCAAUGCUGCGAAAUACUGGAGCAUUCUUUAUGCGACGGUCAUUUUCGUCCGAUAAAAUGUAUUGGGAAGUCUUUCGAGAAUAUGCUCGUACAUUAAUUUCACGAUAUCAUUCGGGGGUUGAAUUUUUCAUUGAGGGCACAAGAAGCAGAAGCUGUAAGGCAUUAUCUCCGAAAAUUGGUCUACUCUCAAUGAUGCUUGAAACGUUUAUGAAACGAAAAGUGUUCGAUAUUCUUGUUGUGCCCGUCGGAAUUUCCUAUUGUCGCCCUUUUGAAGAAAAGCUUUUUGCAUACGAGCUGCUUGGUGUACCAAAGCCAAAAGAAUCAACUCGUGGUUUAUUCAAAGCAUUUGAAAUAAUGGACAGUUGCCAUGGAAAGAUGUUUGUUAAUUUUGGAAAAACAAUUUCUCUGCAUGAAUACUUUGAAAAAGAUCCGUCAAUAUAUUGGUCUCCAAAUGAACCAUUUGCACAAAACCUAACAAAGGAGCGUCUGCAGUUGAUAAGUGCACUGUCUUGUCACAUUGUUGACAAGCAGCAGCAGCUUAUUGUUUUAAACACAUUCAAUUUGAUUGCUAUUUAUUUCGCUUAUCGUUCUAUGAUCAAUGAAAAAUGCAAUCGUGAUCAGUUAAAAUACGGUAUCGGCCUCCUCGUUAAUUUCUUGAAGAAAUUUGAAGUUUUGCUAGCGCUUGAAAUUCCAUCAAAAAGUGAUUCAGAUAUAACUGAUUCGUUGGAAAUACACGCAAACGUACUACAAUUUAAAUCGAAAGAAGCUAAUGCACCAUUGUCAUUGGUAUUUGGACCGAUCGUUGCUUCAAGUAACAUCGACCCAUCAAAUCUAAAAGGACAUAGUUUGUCUCCGCAUACGAUGCAAAAUACAUUACCCUCUUUUCUUUUACAAAUUUAUGCAAAUCCAUGCAUGUACUGGUUGCAUCAGCCGGCUUUUUAUGUAUUAGUUCGAAGAUUGGGUGGUCGUUCCCAAGAAGAAGUAGUCACCGAAAUCGAUCAAUUGAAGCGGAUAUUUUCGUCUGAAUUCAUUACGAGAAAAUGUACCCAAGACACGAAGAAAAUAGUUGAAAUUAUGGAUUCAAUGAAUAUCUCAGAAAAUAUGGAAUUGGAAAAUGUACUACUUACAUCAAUCCUUCCAUUUGUUUUCUGUUAUUUCAAUGUCGUUCAAGUGAUCAAGAAUCAGUUGUCAUCGAAACCAUUCAAAGAUAAGGAUCUCUUCGUAAGGGCGCAAAUGUAUGUUGAAGCACGUCUAAAUGGUAACGCUGAAUUUGUUCAUCCAUAUUGUUUGUCGUUGGAUUCCAUUUCAAAUGCGUUGCAUUCACUUGUUGCAAAUAACUGCGUCACAAAGAAAACAAUCACCAAUGCUGUUCAAUACACGGUGAAUUUGGAUGCAAUAAAUCAACUCGACGAUAAUCUUCGUCGAUUGUGUUCUAUAUUAAGACAUUUCAACGGGCUUAGCAAUUAUAAUAGUAGAGCAAAACUUUAGAUUAACCAGAUAAGUCAUUGUGCAUUUGUAUUAUUUUAAAAGGUAUUCGAUCUAUUUCGGGUGGUUGAGGAAAUUGAUUAAUUUUAGACAGAAUUUUUUUAUUGUCAU